CAUGAUGUCAUCUUCGAGCCAUGCGUGUCAUCCGCCGCAUUCGCAGACUUGUCGAAGCGUGGAUCGUGUAUCGCUGGCGAACAGCAGAGCAAAGCAUGGAGAUCCUACGUGGCCCCGUGGACGGCGUCGCCCACAGCGAGAACUUCCCCGUUAAUGGCUUCCGUCUCAUGGUGGCGCUAGCGGGUUGCAGCCUUGUGGCACCCCUUAUCCAUCUUACGCGCGGCGAGACGUCCCGUACGAUCAUGGCUACAACGUCCAAAUGAAGACUAUGUUCAUAUUUAAUGUCGAUACUUUUUGUGCAUCAGGCCAUUUGUUCAAUGUAGCAGCGGGACUAUUCGCCGGUGUCUUCGUGUUUGACACCGCCGUGCUGCACACUAUCGGCACAGCCAUUGUGGUGUAUCUGCUCAUGAUGGUAGCUCCAAGGUGCGGCGGAGCUACAGCAAUAUCGAGGGACAAAAUGUGUUUUAUGUAGAAAAAAUUUGUUAUUUUGUGACGUAGGAAGCUAGUUGGGCGCAUUGUGCUGCCGUUGCUGUUGACGUACCUUGUGGGAAUUCACUAUUACCGCGAAUUCUACAGCCCGGACAUUGUGUGGGACUCGGCCCAGAUGAUCUUGACACUGAAACUUAGCAGCGUCGCUAUCAACUACAGUGACGGCGGUCUGCCCAAGGAGAAGAAGACUCCCACGAUGCUUAAAAACGAGCUGCAAGAAAUCCCAGGGCUGAUCCCGUACUUUGGCUUCAUUUUCUUCUUCCCGACCUACUUGGCUGGCCCUGCUUUCGAGUACAAGGACUAUAUUUACUGGAUGAAGGACAUUCGUUUUGCUCCGUUUAUGGUACACCUCCGCAAUCUCUUCGUCAUUGUAGUUUCGGCUGCUGGGUUCUUUGCUUCGCUCCAGUUCCCAGUCGAUGAAAUUGACUCCCCAGAUUUCUACCCGGAAUCCUCGUGGGCUGUGCGCUGCCUCCGCAUGUGCAUUCCUGUCGUGCUCUUCCGUUUCCGCUUCUACCUUGCGUGGUCGCUGGCCGAAGCGGCGAGUGCUGCUGCUGGCGUUGGCUAUGUGCAGGCUACUGGAAAAUGGAACGGCAUCACGAACAACGAUCUGCUUUGCGUGGAGCUUCCGACCAAUUUCCGUGUUGCUAUCAACAGCUGGAACAUAGGAGUUGCGCGGUGGAUUAACACUUGCACGUCAAUUAUCUUCUUUCACGCUGCGAAUACGCUUGACUUAUUAAAUGUUCUCUUUCUGAGCAGACAUUUACCAGCGAGUCGGUCUGACCAAGUCUGGGAAGUCUACUAUGCUGUCCACGAUGGCUUCAUUCUUUGUCAGCGCUCUGUGGCAUGGACUGUCGCCUGGGUACUACCUGUUCUUCCUCUUGGGUGGCAUCUACAUCGAAGUUGGAAAGCACCUACGCCGUCGUCUGCGCUCGUACUUCCACUACACCGAGGAUCGCAAGGCCCACUCGCAUGCCAUCUUCUUUUCGUACUUCAACGGCACCUCCCACCCACUGGCUUUCUUGUACGACGUCUCGGGCAUGUUCUUCACGUGGGUGGCGAUGCAGUACGCUGGUGUCGCGUUCGAGAUCUUGGACGUGCGUCGUUGCCUGGCCAUUUGGAGCUCGUGGUACUUCCUCCCACACGUUGUGAGCGUUGGCCUGCUGGUUUUCUUCAACCUCUUCCCGCAGCGUCGCUCUGCUCCCAGCGAGAAGAAAACGCAGUAAGACGAUCUCCAAGAGCAGCAGAACCUUCGGCUGCUGACUGUGGUGAAUCAAAUAGAUCCAUUGCCCCACCAA